AUGAACACACUCGGCCGCCGCAGCCAGCCGCCAUCCAUGGUGUCACUGCCGCCCGUUCGUCUUCCCCCACUCAGCACAUCCACGUCGCGGCAGACCGUUGCAGGGCAGCGAUCCACCAGCCCGCUCAACGCAACCAUGCACCCGUCAGCACACGCCCCGCCGCCAACACACCAACAGCAAGAACAACACCAACAGCAGCACGACGUUCCGCCACCAUCGUCGUCGUCGUCGUCAUCAUCGUCGCACCCGGUGGGUGCGUCCGCGUCGGUAUCGUUCGGCUCGCCACUGCACAUGCCGCCCGAGUCCCAGCAGACGCGCCCGCGCACGCCAACAGCGGUGUCCUGGCAUCGCAUGCGCCUGGCGAACACACGCGCGAGCAGCGGCACCAACAGAUCGACACCGCCGGGAACACCAACGCGACGCGACUCGGACCUCCCGUGGCCGGGCAGGGCCCCCUGA